UGUUUUGCUCGGAUUGAUCGGAAGAGCGCGCGUUCGUGGCGUGCGCUUUGGUGCCUCGUCGUUCGGAUUUUUUGGUGGUUUGGUGACAUUGAGGGGAAGAUAAUUUAAUGAAGCAUUACGAAUGCACCCACCGUAGAGCAAACUCAUUCGAACGGUAGUGUCCGCACAAAGCGUCGCCAACCAACCUUUUUCACGGCUGUAGUGUCUCAAGCUUCAAGUGUUAACUUCUUCACUGUCCAGCAACUUUCAACGCAAUGGAUGUGCAAGUGGAUGCAAUGGAGAUGGCCCUGCCACCGAUAGAAUCGUUCAAGAACUGCGAGUAUCAUGUGCGUGUUUCGGGUACGACCGAGCUCGACCGUCGCGUUAUGUCAUUUGUGGACAAUCUGUGGGGUUUCGAGGUGACCGGCGGUAUCGAUCAGUUCGAGCCGCUGACAGUGAUUUCGGUGAAGCGCGAAGGAUUGGCCCGGCGGGCCGGUAUUCGGGUGAAUGAUAUCAUCACAAAGAUUAACGAUACUCAUGCAGAAAAGCUGACAUUAGCGCAGGCACAGGAACUGAUCGCGGAAUCGGGACGCACGGUGAAAAUCUUCGUCAGCGGUGAUGUGGACGAAGACAGUGAAGAUGAGAUGACAGUGGAUUACUGGUUCAAACCUUAUGAUGGUUUCUUUUCCUCAGUAAACGAAUCCGACCGUUCCAUGCUGGAUUGGGAAGCGCGUCUUCGUGCUAACAGGAAUCCCGACAAAUGGAACGGUGUUUGGCCGUGGAACGAUCGCAAGAAGGUGGUCUACAAGGAGUCCAACUGUUAUCUCGUUCCAAGCGUAGCGGAAGAAACGCGCGAACGGGAACUGAAGCUGCGAGCCACCGAGGAUCAGUACGAGAAGCAUUUGAAGCGUGAACGAGAGCAGGCGGAGAAGAAAGCCGAAGAGGAACGGGUAGCGGAGGAAGCACGUCGCGCAGAGGAAGAACGCCGAGCGGAAGAGGAACAAUUUUUCGCCAAAUUCGAAGCGGAACAGAAAAAGCUACAGGAAGAGGAAGCAGCUAAGCGGCUCCAGAGCGAAGCAGACCAGAGCGCACCGGACGUGGAUGGUUCGGUUGAACAGGGAACAGCGGUGGCGGAUGCGGAAGCAGAUAAGUACAUCGAUGAGCUGAUGGAGCAGGAAAAGGAUCUCGGUGAGGUCAGUACGGAUAUGAUCGAGCCAGAGGAUGGUAGCGGCACGGCACAUGCUUGAACAGUGGACAGAUUGUGCAAGCGAUUUAUUUUGUAAGGUAUACUGAGCUGACCAUUGGGGAAGAAUGAAUAACAAAUAGGAUGUAAAAGAUAUUAAUUACAGUACUUUAAAUAAAACAUACCGUUGGUACAAACACUAA